AUGCAAGCAAUAUUCGGAGGUGAGCGACAUGCGUACUGUUACAGACAUGUUAAGGAGAAUUUCAGUACACAAAUGAUCAAGUUAAAUAGAGGAAGAAGGAAGACAAGUGGCAACACAAGGGAGGAUGGACUGCAUUUCCUAGAUGCCAUUGCAUAUGCAAGGCUUGACACAGAGUUUGAUCAAGCAAUGGAUAACAUGAGACACUUCAAUUCCCAAUUAUUUGAAUGGCUUGUCAAUCAUGGUGAUAUUCACAAGUGGGCCUUAAGCAAGUUCCCUUUUAAACGAUGGGACAACAUAACAACAAACCUUGCAGAGUCAUUCAAUGCAUGGAUGCUGAAGGAGAGAAGAUAUAAUGUUGCCCAACUUAUACAUGAGCAUCGUGAAAAAGUAGCCAAGAAGAUAUAUGCAGCAAGCAUGGCAAUGAGCAAAUGGAAGAAUGGUGUAGGCCCAAAUACAAAUGCAACAUUGAUGGAAAAUGUGGCGAGAUCUGCACAGAUGUUAAGUGUUCCUUACGGAAGGGGUAGGGUGUGUGUCCAUACAGCAAAAGGAGCCAUUAAUGUUGAUCUUGGAAAAGGUGAAUGUAGCUGUGCAGGUUGGCAAAUGUCAGGCAUCUCAUGCCCACAUGCAUGUGCAGCUGUCAAGGCCUUGAAUUGCAAUGUGUAUGAUUUUGUUGAAGAAUGCUACAAGAUUACGUCCUAA